UGCUGCAGUGCGACAGUGGGGACGAGUCAGCGUUGCAGAUACAGACGGAGCCAACCAAAGAGCGUUUACCUCCCUGAAUUAUUUUAGGACUUGACCGACGAGUUUGUAUUGUGACCGUGCAGCCCCUCGAUAACAUUUCCCCCGUGCUAAUGGGCUUAAAUAUAUACAUUCAUGGAUGCUAUAGUUAUCCGAAAUGCUAGCUGAGUGGAGCUAAUGUUGCCUUCAAGGACUACUGGAAAUAUAGCAUAAAUGCCGUUGAGUUUGGAGGUUCAUUCUUGACCUAGGUUUAGUACUUUGACAAAAUAUUCUGAACUCCCGCGACUUGACAAUACUUGCCCAUUUAGAUAAGUGAGCACAAUCGUUUAUGGAGGUGUAUACCUUAUAAUUUAUUCUGACAUUUUUUGAAGAAAAUGGCAGAACCCACCAACAACGGAGGAAUACUAUACGACUGACUGACACCGUUAAUGGUGGUCGUGUGGCGCCUGUGCCGAGGAGUACCUGAAGGCAGCAGAUCCAGUCCCGCAAAGUUAGCUAGCGUUAGCAAUGGCUGCAGUUAGCCGGUAGGAGAAGACACCGCAGCAUCAGCAUCACCCACACACACAAUGACAUAAAACAGACGCCGGCUUACUACAGUGUACGAGACGACGGAGAGGAAAAUUUCUGACACCAGAUAAGGAGCGUUAACAUCGUUCCACAGCAGCUACACUGACAAAGCUGAUGUGUCUGCAGCCAUUUUUCGUUUAUUGGCCUUAGAUGAGCCGCUUCUGCUCAGACAACAACAACUUUCCCUAUGACAACAAUGUCCUGGUUUUGGACAUGGUUCUGGGAUCUCUGUGGGGAGUGCCUCAGCCUAUAAACUGGGACAACGUAGCCAAGCUAGUUCCAGGAUUUACUCCCAAGGAGUGUGCCCAUCGAUUUGAGGAGCUGAAGAGCACGGGAGGUUUUCCUCAUGUGGACAACCAAUGUAAUGCCCUGACAGAAGGAAGGACCUCCCCUUCUGACGGCCUGUCCACGCUGCUGGACACUGGAGAGGUGGUGGAGACAGGAAGCAGCCAGAGCGCCAGCAAAGUUACAGGGUCCAAAUCGACAGGAGUCUCAGGAAGGGUCGGUGCUGUGGAGAAGAAAGAGAGAAGAGUCUCGGCAGAGGAGGAUGACAAACCUCAGAAGCCACGAGAUCCUAACAUGGUCAUCCAUGUGUGUGAUGAGACAAAGAACCUGAAGCAGGACUUCACAUGUCCCAGAGAUCUUCUCAUUAAAGAGAUGCGUUACUUUGCGGAAUACUUGUCUGUGGAGUCCCAGAGGUGGGAGGAGGUGGACAUCUCCGUUCACUGUGACGUGCAGAUCUUCGACUGGCUCAUGAACUACGUCAGGAGGAACUCUGCAGGGGAUGGAAGCAGGGACAAACCCCGGCUCGAGCCCAGCAAUGUGAUCUCAAUCCUGAUCUCCUCCGAGUUCUUGAAGAUGGAUACGUUAGUGGAGGAGUGUAUCCAGUACUGCCACAAACACAUGAGCGCCAUCGUGGCCACACCCUGCAACAUGAACUGCAUCAACAGCAACCUGGCAACGCGCAUCGCCGACCUCUUCAACCACAAUGAGGCGGACGACAUCAGGGACAAAAAAGACAAGUUCAAAAGCAAAUUGUUUCAGAAGAAAAUUGAGCGUCUCUUCGAUGCCAGCUGCCAGAGCCGAGAUUCACCAGGAAACGGGUCGACUCUCUACAGGUGUGGUCUGUGCCUUAAACUGCUGACCAAAGACACAGAGAGGAAGAUUUCUUGUGUUCCAGGGAAAAUCAAUGUCGAUACUCGUGGAGAAAUCAUAUAUACACACACUAGACAGAAGAGCUGGGAUGUGCAUGAAUACAUCACUGGUCUGUAUGAGGAGCUCAAGUCCUGGGUCCUGGUCUACUGGAGAAUCUGGGGUACCAUCAACUACCUCACCUGCUCCCGAUGCCAACAGGUGUUUGUGUGUGCAGAGCUGACACAUUGCAAGUACCACCCAGACUCUGUGCUGUACCCUGGCAUGGGUACAGAGAAAGGCUGGCAUGGUGCAGGAAUCUAUCCCUGCUGCAACCAGAGGGUCCUCCGCUUUGACCCCACCGGUAUGCCCAAGGGCUGUAAGAUGCGAGACCACAUAGUGAACGUGCCUGACGAAGAGAACUGUGACGAGGUGGCCUCAGCCCAGACCAGAGUCCUUAAUGACCUGCUGCUGCACAGAGACGCAGUGUGUUUGUCUAACACGCCACCUGCAGAGGGUGCUGAGGAGAGUCCAUCCAGUGCAGUAAAGGUUCAGGACGGUGACGUUCUCUUGGAGCCAACACUGCUGGGACCUCUGAGAGGAGACGGCAGCACUUUUUCCCUGUUGAAAAACUGGAGUCUGCAACUGAGGCAGCAGUCUCUCCUGUCAGAGGAUGAGGAGUACACCACGGGGUCAGAGGUCACUGAAGAUGAGGUGGGAGAUGAAGAGGAGCUGUCCAAGAAACAAGCUGCUAAGAAGGCCAAGAAGACCCACAGACCUCUGAAAAAACAAGUGUCCUCUCCAAACUUCCAACGCAAAGACAAACCAGAGAAAUCCAGGGACAACACACCUUUCACCGUGAGUGUCCAGAAAAGCAAGUGGGACAGUUCUCGCUCCAUGCGAUACAACCAGGACGCUCAGAGGGAAGAAGACCAGCGUCGCAUGGUAGAGAUCAUCAGCCACCUGAAUAAGAUGAGGUUUGGAGACCAGGAACAGAGCAAAUCUAAGGAUAUUAAAGAGCCUACAGGGGGAAUCUACUCCAGACUGGAAGCCCAAUUUAAAGGAGCCUCUCAAGCCAGACAGACUUCAGAGAAGAUACCCAGAUCAAAAAUACGCUAUGCUCAAAUCCGAACAACAUAAAGGACUUGAUGGGAAAGAGGCCGCUGAGCUGCUUAAGAGACAAGCAUGAAAACUGACGAAGAGCUCACGUAGAGUCAAGAGAACAAAGAGGAAGAGGCGAGAUCCUUCUGUGAGGGCUCAGUACAACAAAACACCUUCUUACUGGCAGCCCCUCUAGCACGGCCACCACUUAUAACCCAGCUAUGGACUCAACCUCACCCCCUUGUCAGUCCUGUUCCUACCCUCUUUGCUUAACUCAGGUGACUAUGUAUGAAUCACCAUCAACUGCAUCCUAUGUCGCUCAGAUAGCUAUUUAUUUGUGCAGCUGUGCUCAGUCCUUGAAAAACAAGGGAGGAGAACUCUGGAUCUGGAUCCUCUCAGCGUGUCUUCAGAAUUUAUUUUUGGAGAAGUGGGGGAUUCCUACAAAGGACAACAUAAGAAGCGCUAGUUUAUUCUUUUCCGACCGUCACCUUACCCGAUGAUCUGAAUUACGUGGAUCCAGUGAAGUCCACACUUACAGGACUAAGAAAAUAGUUUACGAGAGAAAGAAAUUCUGCUAAAGACCAGGUAGGGAAGUUUACUGCUUCAAUCACAGAACAUUAAAUUAACUCUGUAUUAGCAUUAAUUGUCUUCUGUGGUGAAGCCCAGUUCUGGUAGACAUGUAGUUAUAGCCAUUCCUCUGUCCUGGAAUGUGACCAUACUGUACAACACUGGGACCAAUAAAACAUGAAUGACA